CAGGAGGUCAGGGCGAGGGACAGGCCACGCGCGGAGGGCGGACUAGAGACCUCCUUGGUUCGGGGCCAGGAAGAUGAGUCUUAGCAUUUUGAACUUCUGUGCAUCUCCCUGUGGGCGCAUUUCUUGGCCAGCACGACACACUUUGGCAUAACAGCCACCUGCUGCGUUUUAAGGGAUACCCCAUACAACCGGGAAGGCAGACCUGGGUGGGGCGCGUGAGCGUCUCGGCCGCGGCUUCCCUCUUGCCGACGGUGGGAACAGCGACUGUUCGCGUCGGUCGCCGCCAGCCGCGGGUUCGCUGCGCGCGCACGUUCGCUCUAAGCGCUGGGUGGCGCGGGGUCCUGGGAACUCAGUCCGCGGAGCUGGCAGCGGCCGGGGCAGGCACUUUUGAGAGAAGGGCGGGGGAGAAGAGCAGGGAGGGAGGCAGGGCGGAUCUACUUCCUGCGUCGCCCGCACACCGCCGAGCCUGCGGCGGGUGUUGGUCGCCCCGCGCCGCGCCACGAUGUCGGGCCUCUCAGCCAGGAGCCUGGCGAAGGGAAGCGCGCCUCCGGGGCCGGUCCCGGAGGGCCUGAUCCGCGUCUACAGCAUGAGGUUCUGCCCGUUUGCGAAAAGGACGCUUCUAGUCCUCAAGGCCAAGGGAAUCCGGCAUGAAGUCAUCAAUAUCAAUCUGAAAAAUAAGCCUGAGUGGUUCUUUAAGAAGAAUCCCUCUGGUGUAGUGCCAGUGCUGGAAAACAGUAAGGGUCAACUGAUCUGCGAAUCUGCCAUCACUUGUGAGUACCUGGAUGAAGCAUAUCCAGGGAAGAAGCUGUUGCCGGAGGACCCCUAUGAGAAAGCUUGUCAAAAGAUGGUCUUUGAGUUAUUUUCUAAGGUGCCAUCCUUGGUAACAAGCUUUAUUAGAAGGCAAAAUAAGGAAGAUUGCGCUGAUCUAAAAGAAGACUUGCAGAAAGAAUUCAGCAAGCUAGAGGAGGUUCUGACUAAUAAGAAGACAACCUUCUUUGGUGGCAAUUCUCUGUCUAUGAUUGAUUACCUCAUCUGGCCCUGGUUGGAACGGCUGGAAGUACUGGAGUUAAAUGAGUGUGUAGACCAUGCUCCAAAACUUAAGCUCUGGAUGGCAGCCAUGAGGAAAGAUCCUGCCGUAUCAGCCCUCCUCAUUGACGUGAAGGCCCAUAAAGGUUUCAUAGAUCUCUACUUACAGAAUAGCCCUGAGGCCUGUGACUAUGGACUCUGAAGGGGGCAGAAGUCAGCAAUAAAGUUAUGACUGACAUAUUCCUUCACUAAUAUAAAUAAUAACAGGCUUUUAUUUUA